AUGGCCAUUUUGACGGGAGAUUGUGCCUACUGUGCAGAUUGCUUCAAGUGCAAGUCCUGCAAGAAGCCUAUCGAGGAUCUACGUUAUGCCAGGACUUCUAAGGGACUUUUUUGUAUGUCGUGUCAUAAGAUUCUGAUGGAAAAGAAGAAGAAGUAUGACAAGAUGAAGAAGGCCCGUAAGCAAAGGGAACUUCGUCGUUAUCAGAGGGAUCAGGAACCCCAAGAGAACCAACCCGCUGAGCACAGUCCACUCAGCGUGCAGUCUCAGCAGGAUCAGCGGGAUCAGCGGGAUCAGCAGGAUCAGCAGGAUCAGCAGGUUCAGAUGGUUCAACAAGCUCAACAUCAGCAGAAACAGAAAGCUCAACAGUCUCAACAAGCUCAACAAGCUCGGCAGGAUCAACAAGCUCAACAGGAUCAACAUGAUCAGCAGGAUCAACAAGCUCAACAGUCUCAACAAGCUCAGCAGGAUCAACGUGAUCAACAGGCUCAGAAAGUUCAGCUGGCUCAGCUGGCUGAUAAUAGUCCCCAAACUCAGUCACUCUCUCAAUCAUCAGCCUUUUCAGGUAGUGUAUCGCCUGCUUCAUCAGAUUCGCCCAUUUCUGCUAUGUCUGAGAAUCUGCGCUCCUUUACUCCUCUCUCAAAUUUGUCUCACGCAAGCCUCAACCAGGCAAAGGUGGUAGGAAGAAGGGAGAAACAAACAAUACGGGCUACGCAACAUUCUACAGCCCCUGCACAAGAAUUAUCUGCUCCAACUACUCCAGAACUUCCUAUUGCUCCUCCUCCUCGUACGCUUUCUACUCCUACAUCAUCCAGCUCCGUAUCUGCUGCUGCUUCCUCGGUAUCAUCCGCACAUCUUGAUCUACCUUCCAAGCCUCUCAUUCGUAACAGUUCUCCAGAAGUACCCCGUCAGGCUCUUCCCUCUUUACCAAACAAAAAUCUAGAUACCAUCCAUCGUCGUGGAGUCAUAAUGGAUCAAUCAUUUCUUAAUCCUGAGCAAGAGAGCUUCAUCAAUCUUGGCGAUAACGAUGAGGAUAGCAAUAUUGACCGCAGCAUCGACUACGCUAAUGAAGAUUCAAACGAUGAUCUCCUCCAUAUAUACGACGACGAUAAUAUUGUCACCGACACAGCGUCAUUGGCAUCCAAACCAGCAUCGCAGUCACUUUCAUCCGCUUUUGUUCCUCUUCACUCUCCUCAGGAUGCUGGUCUUAACAUUCAGGGCGUCACAUUUCCCUCGCAGAAAAGGUUAGAUUCUCCUUCGACCUCUAAAGCGUCUUCUUCCGGCACUUUUGGUGCUCUGGCAUCACCUUCUAUACCCAACAUGAAUUAUACAGGCACACCAGGCACCAGGGGUACCUCAGAAUCGGCGAAGAACUCACCUGCAAUCAUUGAAGGUGACGGGUGGAAGGACUUCAGGGUGCGUAAAAGCCCAUUUAGAUUCGGUGCUUCUGGCACUGACAGUUCCAUGCAGGCCUCUGCAUACCCAGGAUCUCCAUCUCAUUCCAGAAAAGGCAGCUCCAGCUUGGGUAGAUCACUCACUCACGUGUUUCACAGGCACAGAAAGGGUAAUAGCAGCAGCAUCAGUGCCAAUGUCAAUGGUAUUGACGGAAGCAUGCCGGGAACUCCCUACUCCAUAACCGAGUCUUCUCCUGAGCACAACAGAACACAGUCUGAACACUCUACUUCUGCAUAUGCAACUCCUCCUUUACCUUCUUCACAGGGAUUCCAUAAUCGCUCCUUUUCUGAAUCCCUGCAGGAAGCACUCAAAGAAGAAGAUGACGGUAGCGGAGUACUGGCAGAACGUAGAGAACAGAUUUCUCAGGCAGAGAGAGAACUUCGCCUUCUCAAAUCGGAGAUUAACACUCUUUCGGCCACAAAGGCGGCUAUGUCACGCGAUAUUCAGAAUCUUCAAUUACAGAAGCGCUCACUGCUAAGUGAAAUCACUGAGAAGCAGGAACAAUUGAAAAAUUUCAACAACUCGAAGACUUCUCUACAAGAUGGAAGAUCCGAAGGUUCGGGUAAGGAUGGAGAUAGUUCUACUUCUACAAAUCAUGCAUCUUCUACCCCUGGCUAUCAAGCUCAAAAUAUACCUCAGUAUGCCACAAACAACUUUACAGGGACUACAGGCAUUGCCGCCGCUAAUGGAUCUUACUCCUCUGGCAAGAAGGCUGGUGGCUUUAUGAGACGAUUCUUCGGUGGAUCGCAGCAGAGUUCCUCAUCUUUACCUACAUCGGUGUCUAGCCACUCAAUUAGUGGUCCUCUUAAUGUGAAACAAGGCGAAGAAGCUCUACAGACGUUGAGAGCGCAGAUGGGAGGUCCUUCUCCUUCUAAUAACAACAGAGUCUACGAACCACCGGAUGAAGUGUUGUCUUCGUCACCUACUAAGCCUCAGAAACAGAACCUUAGCUCUGGAAUUGGAUCUCUGAUUCGUUCCAGAUCUCAGAACUUUCUCCAGCUACGAACUGGAGGUCUUGGAAUACAUGAUUUUGAGAAUAACGGUAUUUCUUCUUCACUAUCGCCUAUUCCGGCAUCUCCCGUUGUUACUCCGGGGGGACUUUAUGAGUUAAACUUACAGCAAAGAGCUCAAUGUGAAAGUCGUGUAAUUCCAUAUGUGAUCACUGCAUGCAUGACGGAUGUUUCUAAAAGAGGAUUGACUUCAGAAGGCAUUUAUCGUGUUAGUGGAUCGGCACUGGCCAUAGACAAAAUCGAGCGGUAUUUUGCCUCACUUGAUACCAAUACUAUCAACCAACUAAGCAAUCAGCUUUCUCAGAAGACCGCGGUCAAGCUUGAUACCGAUAUUCAUGCUGUAGCUGGUAUGCUUAAGAGGUAUCUGAAGAAGCUUCCAGAACCUGUGAUACCUUUUAAUGGAUACGAGCAAUUCAUUGAAGUUGCAAAAUUGCCUAAUGAUCAAGUAAGGGCUCAAUCUAUGCGGCAGUUACUCUCGAUGCUACCUUCAACGAACCUUAAGGUGCUCAAAUUACUUGUGGCUCAUCUAAACGCAGUGGCUGCCAAUGAGCAGUACACCAAGAUGACGAGCAGUGCUUUAGCGACUGUUUUUGCACCUACUUUGGCAAGAGAAAGGGGAGGCGAUCCACAGAGAGAGAUUCUGGAUAACGGAGCCAAGACCCGUGCUACAGAGUUUCUUUUACGUAACGCAACAAACGUAUUCUGA